AUCUGUGCGGUACUGGAAAGUAAUACAGAAAUGAGGUCGUGUAGAUGGACGAAAUAAGAAGCGAUAUUUUGGCAAAUAGAGUAUUAACAAAAUGGGUUGUUGAGCAGACGUUUUUUGGGGGUACUUGGUGUCUUGUUUUCGUUAGUUAGUGCUGCUGCCGUGUCGUCUGUCCUAGCUGGUGCGUGAUUGCUGUCUCCUCUGGGAAGCGGUUCAUCCGUGGUGAUGAGAUCACGAACAGAAAGUGCCUUUGAGAAGACAUCCCUGACUUGAAGUUGGUUGGUGUACAUGUCCAACGAGUGCUUUCUUUUACCACCAACAUUCAAUACCUCAACUCAAAGCAUCUGGUUUGCACAAUUUGAGCGCCCUAAAAGAAUCCAAAAAUAGAGCCAUAAUAUGGGGACAGAGGGUACUGGCCUCAAAAUCUGACUAAAGCGACAGGUCUGCAAAAAAUUCCCUCACUUGUGUGUCACAUAGAAAAACACAUCUACAGUUGUUUUCUCACUGAUGGAUGAUAUCUAGGUGAUCGACCAUCCAUUUGAUCUUUCUGCUCCAGCUGAUGGAGGACUCAUCAGGUUGUUUUAAAAGUGGACUUUGCACAGCUUUGGUGUAUGAGGCACUGGACAACAGGAUUAGCUUUUAAUUUUUAAUUUAUGAUUAAAACCUUUGGACAUGGCGUUGAACAUGUCUUCAGUAAGAGACACAAAAUGGCUAACCCUGGAAGUCUGUCGACAGUUUCAGCGUGGAAACUGUUCUCGUAGUGAUGAGGAAUGCAAAUUCGCUCAUCCACCGAAGAGCUGCCAAGUUGAAAAUGGGAGAGUUAUUGCCUGCUUUGACUCACUGAAGGGUCGAUGCUCCAGAGAAAACUGCAAGUAUCUUCAUCCACCUUCACACUUAAAAACCCAGUUAGAGAUAAAUGGGCGCAACAAUCUCAUCCAGCAGAAGACAGCAGCUGCCAUGAUUGCCCAACAGAUGCAGCUCAUGAUCCCUGGACCCAGCCUGCAGUCUGUGCCAACAUUUCCCAUCACACAGGGACUUGGCGCAAAUACUGGUCUUGGUUAUAGUCCAUACAUGACACCCAUGAGCCAUGGGAUGAGCCUCGUUCCCACAGACAUCCUCCCCAACACCCAGGUCCUGGUCCCUGGCAGCCAGCCUGUCACGCUCCAGAGCUCCUGCUCUUCUUCCUCCUCUUCAUCUUCUUCUUCCCCCUCACAGAAGCUCCAGCGUACUGACAAACUAGAGGUGUGCCGUGAGUUUCAGCGGGGAAACUGUGCAAGAGGGGAGACAGAUUGCCGCUUUGCUCACCCCAGUGACAGUCCAGUGAUCGACAGCACUGAUAACACCGUCACUGUCUGCAUGGACUACAUCAAGAGCCGCUGCACCAGAGAGAAGUGCAAGUAUUUUCACCCGCCUGCACACUUGCAGGCCAAAAUCAAAUCCAGUCAGCAAGUCAAUCAGACAGCCGUGGCAGCCCAGGCCGCCGCUGCAGCCAUGACUCAGUCGACUGCCAAAGCAAUGAAGCGACCCCUCGAGGCAACUGUAGAUCUGGCUUUCCCCCACAGCAUGCUGCAACCCCUACCAAAGAGACAAGCUCUGGAGAAGAGCAACUGGGCCUGCUCUCUCCUCAACCCGAGUUUUUUGCACUACCAACAGGCUCUGGCCAACUCACAGCUGCAGCAGCACACAGCUGCAUUCUACCCCACAGGUUCUGUCUUUUGCAUGGCCCCUGGAAACAACGUUGUCCCCAUGAUGUACAGUGCUACGCCUGCUACUGUCUCUGCAGCAACUACUCCCGCCACAAGUGUCCCCUACGCAGCAACAGCACCAGCCAAUCAGAUUAUUCUCAAGUAACCACCAGGAGUCAAUGCCAUGUCGCUGCUGUUAAAGGACACAAACAGCCACUCUGUAGAUUCGAUGUUAACACCACACACAACCUUCAACAAGCUGCAUGCUGAUAAUACCACAGAUGAAAAUGUUGUGGUAAUUAAUUACAGAGCUCAAUUAUAAGGAUUAUACUUUGGAGAAGUGUCACAGAAGAUUAUUGUUUGUACGUCUACAUGCCUUUGCACCUGAAUUAACAUGCAUCCUCAGUAAUGUGCAUAAUAUCCUGGAUUCUUAUUUCCAAACCAAUUGUGAAAAGAUCAGUGGUGCAUUUAGCCACAUAGAGAGCAGAAAUACAGUGUCUCCAAUCUAUAUACAGAUCUAUAUAAAUAAAAACUAGCGUUUCUAAAUAUGGAAAUCAAACAGAAUUAGGCAGUGUACAUAGUUAACAUUUAAUACUAAUUGAUAUGGGAACAAACUGAAAUGUUGUUUAUUGACACGUUUAGAUGUAAAUAUCACAAGAGGAAGAGUUGAGUCUAACAGAUUUAAUGUGAAAUCACAUUUCAAUGUGUAUACAUGUUAAUGCCAGGUGUAAAGAAAAAAUAGAGAUUGUUAAAGAUUGUUUUCAUCAGGAUGUUGAGACAGAAAUGUUUGUUCCUUCUUGAAUGUGUCAUUUUUGUCAGUUUAUGAUUGUUUAUCGUGUGCCAGAUUUAAUUAUUUUAAACUAACUGGUAAUAAGCACUUAUAUUAUCUUUUAUCUCCACAUUUUAGAAAUGUAAUUCCACAGCAGGUGUAUGGAAAUUCCUUUUAAAAUGUCCCUGAGGGUUGCCCAUUUGUAUUGCUGACCCUGUUAUGUUACAGGAUCAGUGCUCCACCUCCUGGUGUGCCUUUGCAUUGCAUACACCGAAUGUGUGCUGAUAGAAAAUACUGAAUAAUCCAAUGAUCAGUUGCUGCACAUAAUUAUUUUUCUUGACGGCAGUAAAACCACAUUGAAUCACACAGUUAUAUAUUCCCCUUUUUAUUAUUGAAAUAACAUAUAUACAGUAUAUAUAUAUAUAUAUACAGUACCAAUCAAAAGUUUGGACACACCAUACCAUAUCCAUGAUUGAGAAAGUGUGUCCAAACUUUUGACUGGUACUGUAUGUCUGGAUUAUGGGUCACAGCACUGAUGUACCCAUAAGUGUUUUCAGUUCUAGUUCAACCUAUAAAUAAAGCCAUGUUUCUGAGAAGAGACUCCACAGCCAUGAACAUUCACUCAAUAAGUGUGUUUGUGUGGAGUUUAAACUUAAGUGUGAUCCUAUGAGGGUUGAAUAUUGUGUGAACUGUUAAUUUAACUGUAAUGUUACAGUUGCUUGUCAGUACUGUACUCUUUGAAUGUUACAAGUGCCUAAAGAAUUGUGCAUACGAUUACAUCAAUGCAUAUUUAAAAGGCUUCACUCAAUUAAAUCUACUUAAAUCACAUUUAGAAAGAAAUUAACUUGUUUUGCGAUGCUUUGUCAGUGCAUUAGUACUUAGUUUACACUUAGAUUUAGGCUUUCAACUUCACUGAAAUGAAAAUUUGUAUGUAUGUACUCCAUAUAAGAUUUAUUAUCCAGCUUUGUUUCACUUUUAAGAGUAAGUAGUUUCCAACAAUAUUCCUUAACUAGUUUAAUGCACAGUAAAAAAUAUAGUUAAGUAGAAUUUUAAGGACGUAGCCGUAGGUGAAGUUUAGUUGUGUAUGAUUGAUGUCACAUUAUGCAAUUAUUUGUCUUUGUUUGAAACUUAGCGCAGACAGAGCAGGCAGUAUGUCUGGUUAAGUGACAAACAAAACUCAUGUUAAGAACAGUUUGCAGCAUAUGUGUAUUUUCUUCACAUUUUUCGUAAAAUUUUAAGUUUUUCAAGCAGUGUGCAAAUAUCCACUUUUCCUUUUAAUGUUUCCAAUGUCUUUUAAAGUGACUGAUAUGAGUUUUUGUGUGUUUGUUGUGUGUGUGAUUAAUUCAGACAAUCCACAAAGAGACUUUGUGCUUGUUCACUUUUUUCCAUUAUGUUUUAUGUAUUUCCAUUGUAAAAAAGUAGUUGUACUCACCAUUUGAUGGGAUAUAAGGAGUAUACUUGCAAAUAACACUAGCUAAGAAAACUUUUAAAAUGUAUUAUCGUCUAUCUUAUCAUGAAUGUAAUUUAUUAAAUGGACUUUAGUUCUGCUUUAGGUUCCUCAGAAGGCCUUGAUCUGUUGUAUUAGCCUACAAAAGCCGUCUGUGUUCAGGGAUCGAAUGUUGGAGUACAGUGAAGCUUAAAACAUUUGAUCCUUGUCACUGCCUUGUCACCUUUAAGGGACGACAAACUUUUGUAUGAAGAGCAUGGCCAUAGAAAUGCUUGGACAUACAAAAGUGCAUCGUACAGGCCACAUUUUACACAAAAAAGGAGUAAUUUUCAUAGUAGUGUAAUGAUAGUCUAUCAUUUAAUUGUUUCACUUUGUUGCUGAGGCAGUUUGGUAAAAA